AUGGGAAAAGGUUACCAAAACCACUGUAGUUAUAUAAAAGGUAAAGACGGAAUUUUAAUUAGCGAUCCAGCAGAAAUAAUGACGGAAUGGAAAAAACAUUUUGAAGAAUUAUUAAAUGGUGAGGAGGACCACGAAGCAGUAGACAACUGGACUAUUGGAGAAGAUGCGAUAGUUAAAAGACAGCCUGCAGAGGGGAAGGUGGUGACAGCAAUACAAGAUAUGAAAAAUAACAGAAGUCCUGGUAAAAAUGAUAUAUGCAUAGAAACGAUCAAGUUUAAUGGAGAACAAAUACAAAGAAAAAUAUAUCAGCUACUAGUGCAAGUAUGGGAAAAGAAAGUAAUGCCAUCGGAGUGGUAUGAGGCCCGCAUAUGCCCUCUGCAUAAAAAAGGACACAAAUUGAAGUGUGACAACUAUAGAGGUAUAGCCUUAUUAGACACGAUAUACAAAACCUUGGCAAGAAUAUUGAGAAAUAAACUAAAUUGUUACACGGAAAGAAUCCUGCAUAAAUAUCAGUUCCCUGUAUGUUUUGCUUGUGGAUUUUAGACAAGCAUAUGAUAGAGUCGAUAGAGUCAAAAUGUAUUGAGCAAUGUUACAUUUGGGUAUACCAAAGAAACUGAUCCGGCUAGUAAAAAUGAUACUUAAUAAAUCUACGUGUGCAAUUGCUUGGCAGGGUCACAUAUCAGAUCAAUUUACAGUUGCAAAAGGGUUGAGACAAGGAGAUCCUUUAUCCACUACAUUAUUCAACUUAGUGUUAGAUCAUGAAAAAUAACCACCAGUGCUUGACAUUUGCUGACGAUCUAACGAUCCUAGCAAAA